AUAGACUCGAGUGGGAGAAGGAAAGAGAAGAGCUUCUCCAAUCGUCACACGAAACGUUAUCACGCCUGGCCGCCGGUUUACAGUAGGAUGAAGCAAGGGACAGGUGGCGCAGUGCGGCGUGCGUCACCCUUUGGAUUAGUAUUUCUUGGCGACAAGGAAGUCCAAACGUACUGAAUCUAAAGAGAAAGUUCGCACUCAACGGAGUCUGAAAUAUUUGUCGCCCCUUCUCUCGAUAUAUAUCUAUCUAAUCUCUUACCCGAGGAGUUCAUUCAUACAACAACAGGCUCUUUCCUCUGCCUCUUGCUCGCUUCCGUCCACCUCUUCGCUGUCGCAUCGCGAGAUGGGAAUUGGUGGGUGGCGCCGAGGUCGUGUCAUCGGCCGCGGCUCGUCCGCCACCGUCUUGUUGGCUACGGAUUUGGAUUCUGGAGAGGUCUUCGCGGUCAAGUCCGUGGAGCUCUCUCGCUCCGCUGUCCUGCAGAGGGAGCAGAGGAUUCUGUCCUCUCUCGGUUCUCCCUAUGUAGUUUCUUGCUUCGGGUUCGACGUCAGCUCACACAGGCUCGCCGGCGGUCUCUACUACAAUCUCUUCAUGGAGUAUGCUCCGAGAGGCUCGCUGUCGGACGAGAUCGUGAGGCAUGGAGGUCGGCUCGAUGAGGCCGCAAUUCGAUCCUACACAUAUCAGAUCCUGCGGGGUUUGGCUUAUCUUCACUCGGAAGGCGUCGUCCACUGCGACGUCAAAGGCCGGAACGUUCUGAUUGGGUCGGACGGGCGCGCCAAGAUUGCCGACUUGGGGUGCGCAAGCUUGAUCGACGAGAAUGAUCGUGGCGGCGGAGAAUGUCGUGGGUUGAGGGGCACGCCGAUGUUCAUGGCCCCGGAGGUCGCCAGGGGAGAAGAACAGGGGCCUCCGGCCGACGUGUGGGCUCUAGGCUGCACUGUUAUCGAGAUGGCCACCGGGCGUCCGCCAUGGCCUGACGUUCCCAACGCCAUCGGCGUGGUUCAUCGGAUCGCCUUCUCCCGGGUCGUGCCGGACUUCCCGAGCUGGCUCUCGGCAGAGGGAAAGGACUUCUUGAGCAAGUGCUUCAAGCGGGAUCCCAGCGAGCGGUGGACGGCAGAGCAGCUCCUCCGGCACGAAUUCGUGGCUUCUUCCCGGACGAAUCCUUCGUCUAAACCAGAUUCAGAUCGCUUCUGGGCCUCGCCGAAGAGCACUCUCGACCAGGCAUUCUGGGAGUCAUUUUCCGAGCAAUCAGCCGAGCACCCAUCCCAUGAUGAACCGUCGGCGAGGAUCCAACAUCUGAUCAGCAGCAGCAGCAGUCCUAAUUGGACAUGGGACGAGAACUGGGUGGCGGUCAGGAGCGACGGCGAGGACUGCCACGGCUUCCCAAGUUGUCCGGCCGGUGCCACCACCGACGGUGAGAUAACGGUCUGUGGUGACGGCAGCAAGCUUAGCAGUAUUCAUCGUAUGGAUACGGUGGAUUCUUUCCACAGUUCACACGAAUUUGGUGUGAUCAAUAGUAACAGUGGUCACUGUGACACGAGCUUUGUACAAGUAGCAGAGGGAGAAGAGCGGCAAUUUGUGAGCUGUAAGACGGAGGUGUAUUCUUCCACCAAUUUGAGAUUUCCUAUUGGUCUCGUUAGAUCUUAGUAGUGGUCUUUUCCCUCUGGUUUCUCCUAUAUCUUUCUCUUAAUAUCGCAAUAACCUACGAUUACUGCUCAACAUCCUUGCAUCAAAUUUCGGGCAGGCCGGGUUCCCUUUCAUGGUUCA